AUGACCUUGGCUAUUGAUCUUCUUAACCCCUCUGUUGAACACGAGAAGCGCUCUCACAAGCUCAAGAGACUUGUGCAAUCUCCCAACUCUUACUUCAUGGACGUUAAGUGUCCUGGUUGUUUGAACAUCAGCACCGUUUUCAGCCACGCUCAAACUGUCGUUUUGUGCUCCUCUUGCGGUACUGUCUUGUGCCAACCUACUGGUGGUCGUGCUCGCUUGACUGAAGGCUGUUCUUUCCGUAGAAAGGCUAACUAA